GCUCGGCUCGGCUCAGGCACGGCUCGGCUCGGCUGGGCCGGGCUCCGGCGGGCGCUCCCGCUCCCCUGCGCGGGCCCCGGCGCGGAGCCGGGCGCGCCCGGCGGAGUUACAUUGUUGGAGUUUGCCACAACUCCGCCGCCUCGGCUGCGCGGGGCCGCCGCUGCGGGGCCGCCGCUUCCCCGCUGCCUCCUCCUCCUCCUCCUCCUCCCUCCCUUCCUCCCUCCUCCUCCUCCUCCUCCUCCCCGUGGGUGUUUUUUUUUUCCUCCCCUCCUCCCCUCCUCUCCCCCCGCGCUGAUUUCCCUCCCCUCCGCCCGCCCUGCCUGUGUGUUUUCGCCGCCGCUCUCGCCGAGCCCCUUGGCAUGAGUUAAGCACCAGCCAUGGACACCAAACACUUCCUGCCGCUGGAUUUCUCCAACCAGGUGAAUUCCACGUCCCUGAACUCCCCCACGGGCCGGGGGCCCAUGGCCACGCCGUCCCUGCACCCGUCCAUCGGGCCGGGCAUCGGCUCCUCGCUGGGCUCGCCGGGCCAGCUGCACUCGCCCAUCAGCACCCUCAGCUCGCCCAUCAACGGCAUGGGGCCCCCCUUCUCCGUCAUCAGCUCCCCCAUGGGCCCACACUCGAUGUCUGUCCCCUCCACGCCCAGCCUGGGCUUCGGCACCAGCAGCCCACAGCUCAACUCGCCCAUGAACUCCGUCACCAGCACAGAAGACAUCAAACCACCCCUGGGGCUCAACGGGGUCCUCAAAGUGCCAGCACAUCCCUCAGGAACGAUGGCCUCCUUCACCAAGCACAUAUGUGCCAUCUGCGGGGACAGAUCUUCGGGUAAACAUUAUGGGGUUUACAGCUGCGAGGGCUGCAAGGGCUUCUUCAAGCGCACGGUGAGGAAGGACCUGACCUACACGUGCCGGGACAACAAGGACUGCCUGAUCGACAAGCGCCAGCGCAACCGCUGCCAGUACUGCCGCUACCAGAAGUGUCUGGCCAUGGGCAUGAAGAGAGAAGCCGUGCAGGAGGAGAGGCAGCGGGGCAAGGACCGCAACGAGAACGAGGUGGAGUCCACGAGCAGCGCCAACGAGGACAUGCCCGUGGAGAAGAUCCUGGAGGCUGAGCUGGCCGUGGAGCCAAAGACAGAGACCUACAUCGAGGCCAACAUGGGCCUGACACCCAGCUCGCCCAAUGACCCGGUGACAAACAUCUGCCAGGCAGCAGACAAGCAGCUCUUCACCCUGGUGGAGUGGGCCAAGAGGAUCCCCCACUUCUCCGAGCUGCCCCUGGAUGACCAGGUCAUCUUGCUCAGAGCAGGGUGGAACGAGCUGCUGAUCGCGUCCUUCUCGCACCGCUCCAUCGCCGUGAAGGACGGGAUCCUGCUGGCCACGGGGCUGCACGUGCACCGCAACAGCGCCCACAGCGCCGGCGUGGGCGCCAUCUUCGACAGAGUACUGACAGAGCUGGUGUCCAAAAUGCGGGACAUGCUGAUGGACAAGACAGAGCUGGGCUGCCUGCGAGCCAUUGUCCUCUUCAACCCCGACUCCAAGGGCCUCUCGAACCCGGCGGAGGUGGAGGCGCUGCGGGAGAAGGUGUACGCGUCACUAGAGGCUUACUGCAAACACAAAUACCCCGACCAGCCUGGCAGGUUCGCCAAGCUCCUGCUGCGCCUCCCCGCCCUGCGGUCCAUCGGCCUGAAAUGCCUGGAGCACCUCUUCUUCUUCAAGCUAAUAGGCGACACGCCCAUCGACACCUUCCUGAUGGAGAUGCUGGAAGCGCCGCACCAAAUGACUUAGGGAGCUCUGCCGGGUCAGUCCCUCUCCCGGCCGGGCUCCCUCGGGGGCCCUUCCUCCGCUUCCCCGGCCCCAGCCCGACCCUCCCCGCUGCCCCCAGCGCCGGAGGCACCGUCAGACCCGGGGCAGCCCUGCCCGGCCUCCUCCUCGCCGCCUGCCCCCCUGUGCGUUCGCUGUCACUGCUGCAUCUCCAGAGCUGCCCGCUGGUUCCCUGUGCUACUUGUAGAGAAGUGGGAGCGCAGAGAGAGCUUUGCCAACCCCUGUCCCCGCCGUGCCAUGAGGUUUUGGGAUGAGCUGGCGUCACCCCCCAGCCCUGCCCUGGGGACGAGGACGGUGCCAGCCCCUGGGGCAGCGGGGUUUGGACGAGCCCAGGGGAGUGGUUGGACUCUGCCGGAUUGCAGCCGGGCUAUUUUCAGAGGAUGGAGUUUUUUGAAAAAGAGAAGACAAAAAAAAAAAAGAAAAAAAAAAAAGAAAAAAGGAAAAAAAAAUUCUAUUUUUGGUUUCUAACUAUUCUUAGUAGUCUCGGUAGUUACUUUGCUGAGGGAGAGGCCGUGCCCUGUGAGUGAGUCACCCGUGGCUGCACAGAGCCUUCUCCUUCCCCUUCAGAGCAGAGGAUUUGGGAUUGAGCUGAAUCCCCCCUCGUGAGUGGCACAGGAAAUUCCCUUUGGGCACCGCUGCCCACCCCAGAGGUGCCCGUGGGGACGUGAGCCAGCUGCAGUGCUUGCUUUAAGGCUGCCAGGGACUCCCCGUGGCCCUUCCCCAGCUCCUGGGGGCUUGCUGGGCCCCCUGCCCUCAGCACAGCAUCUCAGUGUAUCCCAGCACAGCAUCCCAGUGCAUCCCAGUGUCUCCCAGUGCUGCCCCGCCGUGACCCCGCUCCGGGGUUUCGGCUCACCCACGAGGCUGCUCCCGUUGUUUCAGCCCUGCAAAACACGGCAAGGCAACAAUUAGUGGGAGUGCUCGGCCGGGCUGCUUAAUUGCAGCUGUUAAUUAGUGGUGAAGCAAGAGCAGGGCUCCCCCUCCCCUGGAUCUCCCCGUGGGGGAUGUGGCAGCUCCGUCCCUGUCCUCUCCGGGGUUCCGAGAGCACCAAAAGCACCUUGGCUUUUGCACAACCCUUCCCUUGAGUCUUGGUGUGACAGCGGGGAGCUGGACAGGAAUUUGGGGAUUGGGGGCAGGUCCCAGGAAUGUUCCCACGGGAUGGGAUUGCCCCAGGAGUGUGGCCAGGGGUCAGCAGGGAGUGAUCCCCCUUCACCUCAUCGGGUGUGUCCAGCACCCCACCAAAAACACGGAUUGGAGGAAAAACAAAGCACAGGGAAUGAUGAGGGUGUUGGGAAGGGUUCUCCCCCCGGGCAGGAUGGACACUGGGCUGUGCUGGGAGCUGAGAUCGAGGUGUGCCUGUGCUUUAAAAAGCAAAGGGAAAGGUCCCAACCAUCCUCUUCUUGCUCCCCACGGUUUGCAGCUGGUUGCAAACCCCUCCCUUGUUCCUGCAGGGGGAUGGAGCAGCACCCACCACCCCCCUCCCACCUCUGUUUUGGAGGGGACAGCAUUGCCACCCGUCUGUCCUCAUCCCUGGCAGCUGGAGACCCCAGCCCCACCCCUGCAGCCCCAAAAUCAAACCCCACUGAGGAUUUUGGGUGGAGCCUCCCUUGGGGCUGGCCCGAAGUGGCGAAUCGGCAGAGGCAGGCAGAGCGCCUUGGCUCGGUUUCCCCAGCAGCCUGCAAGCCGCUGAAAAUAUUAUUAAACAGCUUCACCCUGCAAGAAUUUGCCAAGAAAACGAGGCAGGGGAAAAUGAAAUCUGGCAAGGGUGCCAGGAAACGCGAGCAGGCUGUUCCCUGCCAGCGGGAGGCUGGCACAGCCCCAGGGGUGCAGGGAGGGGCAGAGCCCCGAGCCCACCCAGCCCCAGCCCGGCUCUCCCGGCAGAAAGGAGCCUGGGACACAGAGGAAAAGCUUUGGAUGUUGCACUAGGAUAAACCCGCUGGUCUCUGGUGGGUGGAGCCACUUUUCUCCCAGUGGAUGGCUGGGAGGGGGCUCUUGGGUGCUGUGGUGGCUGCAGGGUGGCACAGUGGGUGCUCCCAUCCCAUCCCUCCCUGUCCCAGGCCAUCCCAAACCUCCUCACCCCAUCCCACCCCAUCCCAUCCCAUCCCGUCCCAUCUCAUUUCAUCCCAUCCCUUUCCAUUCUGUCAUGUUCCACCAUCUUCCAUCCCCUUUUUUCCCCAUCUGUCCCCUUCCCAUUCCAAACCUCUCCCAUCCUGUCCCAUUUCAUCCCAUCCCAUCCCAUCCAGUCUUCAUCCCA